UCUGUGUUGGCAGCCCUCGCAACUUUCGGAACCACGACUUCGACUCGCGUUACAGAACUUUCGUGACUUUGUUACAACAAAUAUGGAGAAGUAAGAACUGAUAAUGACACUCGCUGAAGAAUUUUGCAAGCAAAUGGAGUUUUGAGUGAAAAACUUGUUCAGUGUUGUGAGAUUGUGGAUAGCGGAUUUGUUCAGAUCGAUGCAAUUAUGACUUUUAGGUGAUUUUAAAGUUGGCUUAUAUGUAGGUAACCAGAAGGGUAUGCAUAAUCGACAUACGCGAUAACCCAAGAUGCGAAGAUCAAGGCGAGCGACGAAACUGCGGAGUGGCGAUAGAUGGCAGCACAGAGCAGUGACGCGCUGAAACAAAAUGGCGGCGGGUGCGCACACGCGAGGAGGCGGACCUCUCGCUCGACUUCUAGUUUUGGCCAUAUUACACGUCAAUUUUCUCGCUUUAGGUCUGGAGCCCGACUUCCUAUACCCCCUGGAGAACGUGACCAUAGCGCAAGGUCGAGACGCCAUGUUCACCUGUGUGGUGAAUAACCUGGGUGGUUACAGGGUGAGUGGCGACUCCGCCACUGCCAGGGUAGCGUGGAUCAAAGCGGACACAAAGGCGAUCCUGGCGAUCCACGAGCAUGUGAUAACGAACAAUGCGCGGCUGAGCGUCACACACAACGACUACAAUACUUGGACGCUAAACAUUAGGGGGGUCAAGCGGGAGGACCGAGGACAAUACAUGUGCCAAGUUAACACUGACCCGAUGAAAAUGCAGACCGCGUUUUUAGAGGUGGUUAUACCCCCGGAUAUAAUAUAUGAAGAAACGUCAGGGGACAUGAUGGUGCCAGAAGGGGGUUCCGCCAAGUUGGUCUGCAAGGCAAGAGGGUAUCCUCCUCCCAAAAUUAACUGGCGUCGGGAAGACGGAGGGGACAUCAUUUCGAGAGGAGGACCACAGGGAAAAACUAAAGUAACAUCAAUAGAGGGCGAAAUCGUGAACCUCACGAAAGUGACGCGAUCAGAGAUGGGAGCGUACCUCUGCAUCGCCGCCAACGGAGUACCGCCCUCCGUCAGCAAGAGGAUAAUGCUGCAUGUACAUUUUCAUCCUCUGGUGCAAGUGCCGAAUCAGCUGGUAGGAGCGCCGACCGGCACUGACGUCACUCUCCAGUGCCACGUCGAAGCCUCGCCCAAGGCUAUCAACUAUUGGACCAGGGAAAAUGGUGAAAUGAUAAUAUCCAACGACAAGUACCAGAUGAGCGAGAUCAACAGCUCAGCGUACAGCGUCCAGAUGCGACUCAUAGUCCGUAACAUACAGCGCAGUGACCUGGGCGGGUACAAGUGUAUAUCUAAGAACUCCAUAGGGGAUGCUGAGGGCAACAUUAGAUUGUACGAAAUGGAGCUGCCGCAUCGGAAAUCUAGAGAUGAAGAUGAGCGCAGCAAUUCCCUGGAGGAGACAAACGACGUGCGCUCCAGUCUCCAGGGCCCGCUCAGGGAAGGUGGGCCCCGAGGUGAGGACGCGGGCUUCUUCGGUGGGGCGCCCCCUACCGCGGGCUCGACCCGCAACGUACCCCACACAAUCUUUUUAAUAUUGGCCGUUGUCUACGCCGCGUAAACUUUGCCCUUAAACCAUGCGAAGUUAGUAACGCCGUAGUUUGGGGAAAACAGGCAGCUCGAAGCAUCCAAACUCUACCGAAACGCGAUAACUGGCUUCAUAAGACGGGAGAGCCAAAACAUUUUUCUUUCUUGUUUUCAGAUUACACAGGUUUCACAACUUGUAUCUUAACCGAUCGAGACAAUAAAAACCAAAGACGUCACCUGACAAGUAGGUACCUAAUGUCGCUAACUUUUAUGUGAUUAAAUAUUACGAAUCACACUUUACAAUGGAAAACUAACUGAGUUUUCGGGAAUUCAAUGAAAUGUUGUUUAGAGAAGUUGUAUUUUUUCAGGUCAGUAGUAUCAACCACAAAAUUUUAUUUCGAUGUUUCUUGUAACGGAUAGAAAAUGAGCUGUCUGUUUAACUCAGAUUGUGGCAGCGUGUAACAUCACAUAUUUAUUAUUGUUCUUCCGAGUUCAGACAUGAUUUUCUCGUCUCGCCGAGUGAAUAUUGUCCGUACGUA